CAAAGUGACAGCCAACAUUAAAUGAGUAGGCAAAGGACUUACAGAAAAAAGCCAUUUUAUACGAAGUCAAAACAAAAUAAUCUCGAGGUUCUAUUGACCUACCGUAUUUGAUAUUGAUAAACUUGAUUAUGGAAGGCGACGAAGAUAUGUUUAUUGUUAUUGUCGGUGAUAAGAAUGAGGACACAUUUCCCGCGCCUUUACAAAUUAAACAAGAAAACUUAGACGAAAGUGAAAUAGUGCAAGUUAUUGAUGAGUUAUUUAAAAAUGCAGAUGAAGUUAAUGAUUCAACCGAAUUCGAAAUAUCUAUAGUAAAGGAUGAACCUUUAGAAAACUUAAAUGAAGACGUGAAUGAGAUUAAUUAUUGUGAAUAUGAAGACGAAGGUGUUUGUGAGGAUGAAUAUAUUCCAGAUUACAUAGAAGAGUCGCUUGACGAUUCAAGUGAUUAUAUGUCUGAUGAAAGUGAAAAUAAAGUACACGUAAGAAGUAAUGGUCAUAGGACUAAAAUGCUUAAACCUUCCGAAAGGAUGUCAUAUGUGAAGGAACUUAGAAAACAAUACCCUGAAUUGAGAGAGGAUCCUUAUUUACUCACAAAAUGUCUCGUUGAAAUAAUGAAAGGUACAAAGCCUCCGCCACCGCCACAAGACUACUUUAUAAUGAAUGGAAUUAUGCUAGAAUGCAUCCAGUGUGGACAUCAUUCAGAAUCAAUACCAGCAGCAAGUCGGCACUACCAAGAGAAACACGGAGAGAGAUAUCUUAUUUGUUAUGCUUGUGGUGUUAAUUUUAGAAGCACGACCAACCUGUACAAGCACGAGAAGCGCUGCGACUCGCCGGACGCGGCCAUCGUGCUGCGCGCGCGCGCGCUCACGCUCGGCCGGAAGGGGCGCUCGCGGCCUUACCUGCCCGACUUCACCGACGAGGAGCCCAAGAAGUUCGAAUGCUCGGAGUGCUCGGCGUCGUUCAGCAGCAAGUACACGCUGCGCGCGCACGAGCUGCUGCACCGCGGGGAGCGCCCGCACCGCUGCGGCCUGUGCGCCGCCGCCUACACCUCGCGCACCGCGCUCUCCCGACAUAUGAAAAAGCAUGGCUCGGAGCAGUUCAUUUGCGACUACUGCAGUCGCAGCUUCAAGGUCAAAGCGGCCCUCGUCGCGCAUCUCGACACCCACAGACCCCAGAAGCGGUUCGGCUGCUCGGAGUGCCCCAAGCGCUACUCGCAGAAGGCGGCGCUGGAGCUGCACGUGCGGCGCGAGCACCGCCGCCUGCCGCCGCCCUGCGCCUGCAAGCUGUGUCCCAAGCGAUACCCUCGGAUGUCUCUACUCAAAGAACAUAUGAAGAAGGUGCAUGGAAUGUUGAUCAUGACGCGGAAGAUGUUCUUCAAGAAACUACCUACGCUAUCGAGCACGCAGAUCAAUCAAGCUAAAUUGGUGUUCAAAGAUGAAGUAGAUGACCAGAAAUACGUCAUGUCUAGUUUCAAGGAUACAGUUUCGAUGUAAAAAGUUUUAUUAUCUGUGUAAUAAUAUAUUUUUAGUGGUGUUUAUGAAAUUUUUAUGAAAGAAUUUAAAAUGUAUGAACUAUGUUGAUUUUUUAAUGAUUUUUGGUAUUGUUGUCCGAUUAUUUUGUAUACAAUUUCUGAAUUUCAAUUAUUUAACAUGUUUAAAUUACUUCGUAUCCUUUUUCUAAGGAAGAGUUAGAUGAUUAAAUGUGUCAUUUCAUGUUAACCUGUCUUGUAAGAUUCAUACAAUCUAUCUCGUAAACGUCUCGACCGUCCAAAAACAUUGAAUGCUAAGAUUUGUGAACUUAAAAUCAACUGAAUCCUUAUAUAGGCGACCGCAAAUAAGAAAAGGCAAAUCGAUGAUAAUGCUGAUGCCAUAGGAAUAGGAUAGCCAUCUUCUGUCUAAUAAGUUUAGAUAUUGUGUAUUAAAGAAACGUUGUAAUUCUAAAUGGAAU